UGAAAAGAGGGCGAGUCAUGUGAUGCUCUCUCAAAGCUUGUUGGAGUCUGCUGUGGAAAGUAUGGCACUGAGUGUGGUGUGGUUUAUGACCGCUGCUCUUAGUUUUGUCCAUUUAACACCUUUAACUUUUCUUGAAGAGGAAUAUUAUUUCAAACAGUGGAUGCAAGAGCACAACAAAGUCUACGACACUGAGGAGUAUUACCACCGGCUCCAUGUAUUCACUCAGAACUGGAGAAUCAUUGAUCAUCACAAUGCUGGAAAUCACUCUUUCACAAUGGGACUGAACCAGUUCUCAGAUAUGACCUUUGAAGAAUUCAGGAAAUUCUAUCUUUUGACAAAACCUCAGAACUGCUCGACCACUAAAGGGAGUCAUGUCAGCAGAACUGGGCCUCACCCCGAGUUUGUAGACUGGAGGACGAAGGGCAACUUUGUGACUCCAGUGAAGAACCAGGGUUACUGUGGCAGCUGUUGGACCUUCUCUACCACUGGCUGUCUGGAGUCAGUAACUGCUAUCGCUACUGGGAAGCUAAUAUCUCUGUCUGAGCAGCAGCUGAUAGACUGUGCGAGAGACUUUAACAACUAUGGAUGUUUGGGUGGGCUCCCCAGCCAGGCAUUUGAGUACAUCAAAUACAACAAAGGUCUUAUGACAGAAGAAGAUUAUCCCUACAAAGGCCAUGAUGACACCUGCAGUUCUGAGCCAACGCUUGCAGCCGCUUUUGUCAAAGAUGUGGUCAACAUAACAAGUUAUGAUGAAAAGGCCAUGACUGACGCUGUGGCCUGGCUCAACCCCAUCACCCUCAGCUUUGACGUCACAUCCGACUUUAUGCACUACAAAGAAGGAGUCUAUUCCAGCACCCAGUGUAAGAACACAGCAGACAGCGUGAAUCAUGCAGUCCUGGCUGUGGGUUAUGGUGUUGAAGAGAACGGCAUGCUGUAUUGGAUUGUGAAGAACUCUUGGGGCACAGCCUGGGGGAAGGACGGAUAUUUCUUGAUUGAGCGUGGAAGAAACAUGUGCGGACUGGCUGCAUGCUCUUCGUAUCCUCUACCUUUAGUUUGAGGAGUAACAUGGCAACAAAGAGGAAAAACUCACCCUGGGGCCAUAUUAAAGGCUUGAACAUGCCUAGAAAUGUUCCCCAAAGUUUUUCAUAUAGCUCCUAAAAGUCUGAGCUACACUGAAGGGCCCUUAACACCUUUUCUGGAAAACCAAUUUCUCAGGAGCACCGUAUUAAUAUUUAAACUGGAUCAUGCAAAUUUCAAGCUAUAUACAGAAGAAGAAAGAGGAACUGCAAUUAACAAAAGCCUUAAACAUAACUGCAUAUUGCAUCAAAUGAAGGGACAUAUGGUUUACAAAGAGAUGCUUUCUGACUACAUUCUUGGGCAUUUAGCUUUGGUACACCACCAGUAAAGCAAGUACAUGUAAAGAGUGCAUCGCUCUUGAGUUUUAGGUCAUUGUUUGUUAAACAUGUAGACAAGCACGUGACAGAGAGUGUGACCUAAGCAGGCUGGCUGUCAUGAUGAGGCAGCUUGUAUUUCAGGCAUCAGAGCAAAACACCCUUUUCCAUUCAUUCCAUCUUAAAAAAAGAAAUCCGAUUUCCUCAGUCCAUCAGGGACUCAUGCGCAUCUGUAGUGCAAUGGGGAAAGUGUGGCAUAUGAUUUUUUAUUAUAUAUGUAUUUUCUUUAGACAGUAUAAAUGUUGUAGUGAUUUUUUAAAACAGUUAUCAACAAUGACUAUGCUUGUACAGAAAACUGGACAUCAGUCUGCAGAACUAAAAAGACUUAUUUUACAGAUUUAUAUGACAUUCCCUAUUGGAGCACACUGUAUGGCAGCUUAUCCAUUAAUGAUUAACUCAAUUAUUUAACUGAGUGGCUUCAGAGAAACAAAACAGUGGGUAAACUUAUCUGCACUGUAGAGUGGCUUCCAUAACCUGCACACAUUCAACAAACUUUGGGGACAGACAUGCAUUCAGGCCCAUAAAGAGUCUGAUGUUUAUCACUUGUUUCAAUUUCUGUAUCUUUUAUUAAUAAACACUUUUUUACAGUA